AUGUCGACAGACAAGGAUGCCGUCGCGAACGCCAGCGAUGCCCUCUACAUCAAAGUUUCCGCCGCUUCGACCGACAAAGACGGGAUCCGGAGCAUCACCUUCGCACAGGAUGAGCUUCUGAAGAUUGGCGAGAUCGAAAGCACCCGCGACCUCAUCCCGCUGAUCCAAUACCUCACUAACAAUGGCCUCUUCCGCACCGUCCGCUGGCAGGGCAAGCUCGGAUGGACCGCACGUCCUCGCGAGGCAGCAAAGCAGAUCAUUGCGCUGGAUCGAGACGAAAAGACCAUUUACGAGAUCGUCGAGGAAUCACACACGGCAGGAAUAUGGACGCGGGACAUCAAGAAGAAAACGAACGUUGCCCCGAAUGUCGUGGGCAGAGCUUUGACCAAGAUGGAGAAGGGCAACUUGAUCAAAAGCAUCAAGAGUAUAAAAGCGCCUGCGCAGAGGACGUACAUGUUGGCGCAUCUCAUACCCAACGAGGAUGUGACGGGAAACUCAUUCUUCGACGGCGGAGAUCUGGACGAGAGCUUCCGGGAUGAACUGAUGAACCUGAUUGUGUUCUGGGUGCGCAUGCAGAGCUGGGUGGAGAACGCAAAGAAAAAGAAGGUGCGGGCCAAGCCAGAGCUGGAGGAAGGAGCGAACGAUGCGAUUGUGAUCGGAGACGAUGAGAACACAGGCGGCGGCGGCGGCGGCAAGAAGCGCAAGCGGGACGAGGACAGCGAUGAUGAGAACGAUCCGCUCAAUGCUUUUGUCAAGCCCAAGUUCCAUUCCACGGCCGUCACACUUGAUCCGGACGCGCACUACAGCCAGCUCAUCUACCGCUCCGGAACGCACUCGUAUCCUACCGCCACGGCAAUUCACCAAUUCCUCACCUCUUCCGACGCCAUCAAACCCACCAAAGCUGCCUCUCUGACCGUGCCAGAGAUCCAAGGCUGCAUCGACGUUCUGGUCUGGGAUGACAAACUGGAGCGCAUCCAGAACUCCGACGGCAUUGAGUGGGGCUAUCGGACGGUACGAGGUGUGACCUUCAAGCCUCCUGGUGCUACUUUCGACUUGGAGGAUAUGGGACGAGGCAAUGCGCUGACGGAUGCGCCUUGUGGAAGAUGUCCCGUGUUUGACGUCUGUUCGGAUGAUGGCCCAAUCAAUGCCACAGAAUGUGUGUACUUUGACCAGUGGUUGAAGGCAUGA